AUGGUAGGUUUCUCCGAGGAUGGAAACAACAGCACUUCGCAAAAGAGGCAACGUACUUCCCGUGAUACGAAGGGGAAGAAGAAACGCACGGCAACGCUGCAUGAUCUAGAUGCUAUCGAGUGUCCUCUUUGCUUCGAUCCUCUCACCAUUCCUAUCUUCCAGUGUGAUAAUGGUCAUAUAGCAUGCUUUACUUGCCUCCACAAGUUGAAGCAAAAAUGUGCAACAUGCUCCUUAAAAACUCGUUCACGCAAUAGAGCUUUGGAACGGGUUCUUGAACUACUUAGAGUUCCAUGUCCAAAUGUAGAACUUGGUUGCUCCGAGAUUAUCUCUUUUUCUGAAACAUCAACACAUUUAGAGAUCUGUGCUUUCACCCAACGUGCUUGCCCUUUUAGCAGCUGCGACUUUGUUUGCUUUAACAAGGAUUUAUAUGAACACAGCAUUGCUAAACACUGUGAGUCCUCGUAUAUGUUUGAGUGUGGAAAGCCCGUGUUUAUAUACCCCAUGAGUGGCAAGAGGGUAAUUCUCAAGGAACAAACUACAGAAGGAGAAGGAGAGAUUGUUAUUGUAGAGUGUUUUGACACACCACAAGGUCGAAUAUUCUAUGCUAGUUGUAUUGGACCAGGAGAAGAGGAGUUAUCCUACACCUUCAAGUUGUUUUCAUCUUGCUCUGAUCGCUUGUGGUUUGAAUCAGAUCUCAAUAGAGUGCGUCAAGUGAGCAAUGAACUACCAGAUGAGCAUUUUUGUUGAUUCCUUCAUGCAUGUGCCCUGACUACAAAUUUUAUAUAUGCAUCAAUCGGCAGACUGAAGAGGAUGAUGAAUAGGUUACUACAUCACUGAUCAUCAGCCACAUUGUUUUUUUUUGUUUUUUUUC